AGAUAUUAAAGCCGACAGGAAACAGACCGAGUCAUGUGACCGCGGCCCGCAGCUGACGACAGAAACGUCCAGGUCAACAGGAAGUCCCCCUCACGUGUCCCUCACAGUCCCACGGAUAAACACACGUUUCCUCACACGCACACUCUGUGUGUCUCAGGCUGAAGUUCUGUACGACUUCACGGCGGUGCCAGGAAACAACGAGCUGACGGUGCGACAGGGAGAGACGGUGUCUGUGCUCGACCAGACGGUGGGCGGCGGCUGGAUUAAAGCACAGAACUCCAGCGGACAAACCGGUCUGGUGCCUGAAGGAUAUUUACAGGUCCGUGGCGGCGGCGUUGGCGGCGGAGCAGACGGGGACUCCUGGUCGGGGACGGAGGCGUUUGUCAACAACACAGCAGAUGGACAUCAGAGUCGAGGACUCACACACACACAACAAGCGGCUGUUGAGGACGAUGACGGCGAGUGGGACGAUGACUGGGAUGACCAGUCCAUGGGCAGUUACCGUGGUGACGAUCCGCUGGACCUGGAGGGCGGGGCUUCAGGACGGAGCCUCCACGGGACCUCCAUGAAGAUCUCCCUCAACAAGUUCCCGUUCUCCAAAGGUCCGAGUCCUGAAGUCUUCUUGUUGGCCAAACCUCCCGCCAACAGCAGGGACCAACUUCCCGUCUAUAUGGGAGAGGUGGGUCCGGUCUGGCUCUACCCGACGGCUCCUCUAGACUGUGUGAUCGCCGACCCGAAAAAAGAGUCCAAACUGUACGGACUCAAGAGCUUCAUCGAGUACCAGCUCACCCCCAACGUAAGAGUACACACAAAUACUGCAGUACAU